AGGCAAACAAGGGAACAGGAGACACCGCCUGACUUUUUUUAUUUCUCCGACUACGAGAGGCACAAUGCAGAGAUCGCUGCCUUCCACCUCGACAGGAUCCUGGACUUCCGCAGAGUCCCUCCGGUGGCUGGAAGGAUGAUCAACAUGACCAAGGAGAUCCGCGAUGUCACACGGGAUAAGAAGCUGUGGAGAACCUUCUUUGUGUCUCCAGCCAAUAACAUCUGCUUCUAUGGGGAGUGUUCCUACUACUGUUCCACCGAGCAUGCCCUGUGUGGGAGGCCUGACCAGAUUGAAGGAUCCCUGGCAGCCUUCCUGCCUGACCUGUCACUGGCCAAGAGGAAAACGUGGCGGAACCCCUGGCGUCGUUCCUACCACAAGCGAAAGAAAGCUGAGUGGGAAGUGGACCCCGACUACUGUGAGGAGGUGAAACAGACGCCACCCUAUGACAGUGGCCACCGGAUCCUGGACAUCAUGGACAUGACUGUCUUUGAUUUCCUCAUGGGGAACAUGGACCGACAUCACUACGAGACCUUUGAGAAGUUCGGGAAUGAGACCUUCAUCAUACAUUUGGACAACGGGCGCGGGUUUGGGAAAUAUUCACAUGAUGAGCUUUCCAUCCUAGCGCCUCUUCAUCAGUGCUGCAGGAUCAGGAGGUCCACCUACCUGAGACUACAACUGCUGGCCAAAGAGGAGCACAAACUGAGCCUACUGAUGGCUGAGUCCCUGCAGCGUGACAAGGUGGCGCCCGUGCUCUACCGGCUGCACCUGGAGGCCCUGGACCGGAGAUUACGCAUAGUGCUGCAGGCUGUGCGGGACUGCGUGGAGAAGGACGGGCUGAGCAGCGUAGUGGAGGAUGACCUAGCCGCUGAGCACAGAGCCGCCACCGAGAGGUAGUGACCACGCUGCCCACGAGGGAGGAGGAGCACAAGAGCCUAGCCACCUGUGAAUUCAGUGAAUUCGGAAGGGAUGGGUCGUCGCCAUAGGUGACCUGUGGCAGGGAGCGUGGGGUCUCCCUCGAGGCUCUGUUAGGGAUGUGUGGGCCUCUGGGUCCAGCAGAGAACAAGA